GAAACGGUAGAACGAUCAGGAGAUUAAACGGUAUUUCGGAUAUAUUGUGGUUUCCAGUGUACAUGCAUCUCUGUGCAAUGAUCGAGAUAUGCUCCUCAAGACCAACUGUCAGUGGUGAGGAAACUCUUGGAAUCUGAGAGUCUCCAGGGAACGUUGCGCUGGGAUCCAUUCAAACUGGCUGCAGCUGGGAUGUUUGCUGCCGGGGUGCUGCAGCAAAGCAGCAGAGGACUGAACCAGCGAUCGCUGGGAAUGGCACGGCUUCCCAACUCCCACUUUUUCCCCCUCUCUUCGGGCUCAGGGUCGUGGGGUUUGGGCCGAUUGGCGAAGAGCGGCUCUCUGAGCUCCGUCAGCUCGGGGUCGGACAGCAUGGACAUGGCAGGUGCCGAUCCCGACUACAUCAUGCAGCUGGUCAAUGAUGUGCGGAGGUUUGCAGACGUGCUGCUCCACCUCAAGGAAGCUUUUAACACCAAAGAUCACCAGGACUGUCUGCAUCAGGUGGUUCACGAGCGUCUAGGAGAGCUGUUGCGUGUAUUAAAAUCUGUGAUUUCCAAACAUCACUCCCUGAAUUCAGUGGAGAUCCUCAGCGCGGCCGGGACCCUCAUCGCAAAGGUCAAAGGGCUGACAUUGGAAAAGCCCAACAAUGCAUGUCUGCAAGUGUGUUUGUGUGUUUGCUUGGAGUACAAUGUCCUUGUCAGAGAAGAGGAAUCCCAUUUCACUCGGUUCCACGGUGAGAGAUUAGCAUCUCCAUGCAUGACGAUGCUUCACUUGGCUUGUGGACAAGAAUCUCAGAAGUAUCUGCAUAGCAUCUAA